GCAUGUCUACUUAUUGUCUCCAAAACAGGAAUGUUACUAACGAGUUGUCUUUGUGGGAUGAGGCCGCAUCAAGCUUCAGGGGAGUUUUAAAAGCGGGGGAUAAAACCUGGUCUGCAAUGUUGGUGACCACCAUCAAUCCUACACUGUUUGGGUUUUCUAAAGCCUUGUUCACCUGGCCACCAGGUAAUAUGUAUUUGAACUCCACACAAGGAAUUCAGUUCUUCUUUGACACAGACAUCCCUGAAAAAUCAGAGUUUGUUAGCAGGUUAUCGCACAGUACUCAA